GUGCCUUUAAAUUGCUGCUUUCGGAGGGUGCAUCUGGGGGGGAGGUGGGAGGGAGGGAAACAUCUUUCUACCAUUUCCCUCCUCCCUCCUCUCCAAGACUCUCCAGGGUUUGGAGAGUGAUUGCUGCCCAAAGAGAAUCCUUUCUAGCUCCCGGCCUGCAGGCUGAGGGCCUCCGGAGCCCAAGGAGAUCUCAAGCAGGAGUCGAUAGGGUUGUCUUGUCUGUGUCAGGAUUGUUUCCAGGGGAAUAGCUCUGGCCCCUGACUGAUAAGGCAGGGCAGAGGAGAAGAGAAAGAAGAGAAGAGAGAGCGCAACUCCUAGCCCAGCCCCACAGGCUCCUUGCGAACAGCCCAAGUUGGAGAAAGGCUCUGUACUUUUGGUGUUCCUGCAGGAAUAUCCCCUCUCACAUUGGCAACCAGGCUGAGAAGGGGCUCCAGGAUCCCUACGGAAUGACAUCUCUUGUUCCUGCAACUCUCUCCUUCCUUCUCCUCUGGACCCUGCCAGGGCAGGUCCUCCUCAGGGUGGCCUUGGCAAAAGAGGAAGUCAAAUCUGGAAACAAGGGGUCCCAGCCCAUGUCCCCUUCUGAUUUCCUAGACAAGCUUAUGGGGCGAACAUCUGGAUAUGAUGCUAGGAUUCGGCCCAAUUUUAAAGGCCCACCUGUGAAUGUGACCUGCAACAUCUUCAUCAACAGUUUCGGCUCUGUCACUGAGACCACCAUGGACUACCGGGUGAAUGUCUUCUUGCGGCAGCAGUGGAAUGACCCACGCCUGGCCUACCGAGAAUAUCCUGAUGACUCUCUGGACCUUGAUCCCUCUAUGCUGGACUCUAUCUGGAAGCCAGACCUGUUCUUUGCCAAUGAGAAAGGUGCCAACUUCCAUGAGGUGACCACGGACAACAAGUUACUGCGCAUCUUCAAGAAUGGGAAUGUGCUCUACAGCAUCAGGUUGACCCUCAUUCUGUCCUGCCCGAUGGACCUCAAGAAUUUCCCCAUGGACAUCCAGACCUGCACAAUGCAGCUGGAGAGCUUUGGCUACACCAUGAAUGACCUCGUGUUUGAGUGGCUGGAAGAUGCUCCUGCCGUCCAAGUGGCUGAGGGGCUGACUCUGCCCCAGUUUAUCUUGCGGGAUGAGAAGGAUCUAGGCUAUUGUACCAAGCACUACAACACAGGGAAAUUCACCUGUAUUGAGGUAAAGUUUCACUUGGAACGGCAGAUGGGCUACUAUCUGAUUCAGAUGUACAUCCCCAGCCUACUCAUCGUUAUCCUGUCCUGGGUCUCCUUCUGGAUCAACAUGGAUGCUGCCCCCGCCCGUGUGGGACUGGGCAUCACCACAGUGCUCACCAUGACCACCCAGAGCUCUGGCUCCCGGGCCUCUUUGCCCAAGGUGUCCUAUGUGAAGGCAAUCGACAUCUGGAUGGCCGUGUGCCUGCUCUUUGUGUUCGCUGCCUUGCUGGAGUAUGCUGCUGUCAAUUUUGUCUCCCGUCAGCAUAAGGAAUUCAUUAGACUUCGAAGAAGGCAGAGGCGCCAACGUAUGGAGGAAGAUAUCAUCCGAGAAAGUCGCUUCUAUUUCCGUGGCUAUGGCUUGGGCCACUGUCUGCAGGCAAGGGAUGGAGGUCCAAUGGAAGGUUCUGGCAUUUAUAGUCCCCAACCUCCAACUCCUCUUCUAAGGGAGGGAGAAACCAUGCGGAAACUCUACGUGGACCGAGCCAAGAGAAUUGACACCAUUUCCCGGGCUGUCUUCCCUUUCACUUUCCUCAUCUUCAAUAUCUUCUACUGGGUUGUCUACAAAGUGCUCCGGUCAGAAGAUAUCCACCAGGCACUGUGA